UCAAAUUGGACUGAAGGAGCAACGUCGCUGAAUCGGUGCUGAGCUCCAGACGGCGUUGCGCGUCCCGGUCGCAGAAUUCGGAUCUGGCAGAGCUGGAGCUGCUGUCUCCUGCGACCGCGCGGAUAAGAUGAGCGGCAAAGAAGGUGGCUUCAGAAAAAGGAAACAUGACAGUUUUCCGCAUGGUCAUAGGAAGGAAGAAAAAGACAGCAUUAACCUUUCUUCAUCUGUGAUGACAUCCUUCAAGACGUUUCAGCUAGAACUUGAUACAAGACAUGAUAAAUAUGAGAGGCUUGUGAAACUUAGUCGUGACAUAACUAUUGAAAGUAAAAGGACCAUAUUCUUACUGCAUAGAAUUACCAGUGCUUCCAGUGUAGAAGAAAUACUAACAGAAUCUGAAGUCAAAUUAGAUCUUGUGAGACAGAAGAUAAAACAAGUAGCACAAGAACUAAUAGGAGAGGAUAUGUAUCAAUACCACAGAGCUAUUUCUCCAGGUCUUCAAGAAUACGUGGAAGCUGUUUCAUUUCAAUAUUUUAUCAAAACCCGGUCAUUAAUUGGCUUAGAGGAGAUCAAUAGACAAAUGAUAUUUACAGAAGAUAAUAAAGAGGAAGAAAGGAAGCUAUCUUCAGAUUCUCCCAUUAAGCAAAACAAUACCUGGAACAUAAAAGUGACACCUGUGGAUUACCUUCUGGGAGUGGCUGAUCUCACUGGAGAAUUGAUGCGGAUGUGUAUUAAUAGCGUUGGCAAUGGCGAUAUAGACACACCGUUUGAGCUGAGCCAGUUCCUGUGUCAGAUUUAUGAUGGCUUUUCUUUCAUUGGUAACACUGGACCUUACGAAGUUUCUAAGAAACUCUAUACCUUGAAACAGAGUUUAGCUAAAGUGGAGAAUGCCUGUUACACCCUGAAAGUCAGGGGGUCUGAGAUACCAAAGCAUAUGUUAGCUGAUGUGUUCUCCAGUAAAACAGAAAUAAUUGAGCAAGAGGAUGGGCUUUCCUAACAUGUUUGGAACCUCACAAGGCUGAAGGGUCAAGAACUUCAGGAUCAGAACAAAGCAAAGCCCUGGAUUUGCUUAUUAGAAAUCUUAGCCUUUCAAAAUCAAAAACGUUUUAUGAUUAGCUGAAGUAGAAUAUGUUGUAUUCUAAAACUGUUAUUGCAUAAUGAUUUAACAUGCCCCACCAGCUCAUUGCCCAAUGAAAAUGGUGGGUUUUGUACAAAGGCCACCUCUUAUAUUCUGUACUUUAGUAUUGUAGGCAUACUGCAGGUCACCUUAAACCAGGUGUCAGUAAAGGACCAUAGUCCAUAAUACACAUUCAAUAUGAUAACUGUUUUGUUUUGUUGUUGCUUUUAUCUAAGUGGUUAAAGUCUGAUGUAUAAACUUCAGAAUGUUCUGGUGUUAAAAUUAGCAUUCUGCAUUUCAGAUGACUGAAAAUAAAGUCAGUUGAAUGGGAAAUAACCUGGGGGAAGCUAACAAACUUAGCGUACAUUAAUGUUUGGGUACUUUCAUAUACUUAUUUGAAUAUCUUAAUUAUGGCUUUCCGUAGGUAAGUUAAUAUUACCCUGCAAAUUAAGCCAAGCAAAAGCAGAAAACUUGUAAAGAGUUUUUGCAGUAAGUAAAAUCAGUGUGCAUAGUCAAUUAAUCCAGACUUCAUAGAAGAUUUGGAUGAGCAAGCUUGAGAAGGUAAAUAAGAAAAAUAUUUGAAAUAUGGUUUAAAACUGAAGUUGCCAGUAUUUAUAAAUCAUGUAUCUGUCCUAUGUGUGUUCUUCAGAAGAUUAUGAUACUGUUUUGUGUAUUUAGUUAAUCUCUUGCUUCAAAUUCAGAAGAUUUCUUGAUUAUCAACUCUGGCUUAGACCUUAACUUCCUUUCUGUGAACAGAAUACAAUUAAAUUUAUAGAACAGGCUUUCCUGCUUCCCUUUUCUCUAUGUAGCCCUGCAUCCCUUGUAAAUCUGUUCCUGAGAACAGGGAACUCUUGAGCAUGAGGUGGAACAAAUUUUAAGAGGCCUGUUGGUAGAAAUUCCACGUAUGAAUGGGGGAACAAUUCAGGAUCCAAGUUACUGUGUUCUGGGGAAAAUGUAAAACAUACAAGGAGUUGAGGACCUAGGCCCUCCAUUAUACAUGAACACACUGGAUUUUCUACCAUACCUUCCAUGUUUCUAUAUUGCUGACAAUUGGGAUAGCCUAUUUUCAGAUACAUGGUAUAGUAAACACAACGGUAUUUUUUCCCCUUUGUAAGCAUUACCAAAUUUCUCAUGUGAUAAAAAUUUAGAAAGCAGUGUUUUCCUCCCAUUAUAAGGUUUAAUGAUGUUUCUACAUUUUUAUACAAUAAACAAAGGAAUCUUGUAAAAGUA